CAGUCUCAGAGGUCGUCUCACACAUUGCAGUCUCUUCAGGGAGCACUGCCUGCAUCUUUGUAUAAUACCAUGAUGAUCUCUCAGCCGGCGCAGGCCAACGUUGUCCAGAUCUCCUCAAGCUUGGCCCAGAACAGCAGCCCCAGCGGAGCUGCGGUCGCCACCUUCGCACAAGACCGGCAGAUACGGUUCCCUGCUGCCCCACAGCUCCUCACUAAGCUAGUAACCGGCCCAGUGGCGUGUGGUGCAGUUAUGGUGCCUACCACCAUGUUCAUGGGGCAGGUGGUGACUGCGUUUGCCUCGCAGCAGGGCCAGGCUCAAACAAUCAGCAUCACCCAGCAGCCGUCUGCGCAGACGCCGGAGCAGCAGGCGCAAACACAGUCACAGACAGCUACAGGAACAGCCCAACAGCAAGGACAGGCCCAGGCUCAGCUUGCCCAGCAGCAAACACAAUUCCUACAGGCCCCUCGGCUUUUACAUGGCAACCAAUCUGCCCAGCUGAUCCUUCAAGCAGCGUUUCCCCUGCAGCAGCAAGGCACCUUUGCAGCCGCAACACAACAACAACAGCAGCAACUGCAACAGCAGCAGCAACAACUGCAGCAGCAGCAGCAACAGCAGCAACAACAGCUGCAGCAGCAGCAUCAACAACAACAACAACAGCUGCAACAUCAACAUCAACAACAGCAGCAGCAGCUGCAGCAGCAACUGCAGCAGCAACUGGCAGCUCAUCGCUCAGACAGCAUGACAGACCGGUCCAAAGCACCACCUCAGUAGCUGACCGCACGUCAGGGACACAACCCAAUCUCCACUGAGCAGUCCUGCAGGCUGAGGGGCUUCUGAGGGGGAUGUUUGGAGCUAAAAAAUAGCAGUAUUUUGUACUGUACCCUCUCAGAUACCCUUCCACUGCUUAUAGGUGAAGGGCCAGACCUAAACGGGUGUUGUUUUUUCACCCCAUGCCCUCUCCGACCUAUAGGUAGUUGAUCAACGGCUGCUUGCACUGAAUUCUGGGAGAGGUCUGACCACGAAAGCCCAACUUUCUGCUGGCUUGCGAGGAAACAGCAGCGUCUGGUUUUCCGCAAACUGUCUCCUCCACAAUAGCCGCAUCCCCUUUGUCUCGUAUGCCCAGUGUGUGCCGUCAUCCCUCUUUCACAGGUUUAAUUUAUGCAGAACGAGCCGCAGUGAAGGCUUCAAUACUUAAAGAAGUCCCGCAGGACAAACGGCGUCUUUCUCUUGGCCUCUCUUUCUCUUCCUCUUUCCUCCUCAUUUUACUUGUCGCAAGUAAUUAUGGGUCAGAAAAUAUUUUUAAGAUUAUCACGUGGAUUCAACUUUUAUUGUACAGUUCACCUGUAAAAUAAUGUGUAAAUAUAGGGACAAAAGGAAAGAGAAACUAAUAUUUUAUAUGAUGCAUGAGACAAAAAGCGUAGUCUGUUAUUUGUAGCUUUGAAUAUACUUUUUUUUUCUAAUAUUCAGAAGAAAAAAGCAAAACUUAAAACACAUAAUGGCUGAUCUCUUCACAGACUUCCUUUUUCCAGUGGGAUGGGGGUGAGUGUGUGUAUGUGCUUGCGCACAUGUGUUCGUAUGUGUGUGUGUCUGCCAAUGCUGGAUCCACAGAUAGUGUCACAGUUGGUUUAAAACGGCCUUCGUGUUUUAGUAACACUGUUAAAGGAACAGGCAAUCUUUAGAUGUUUUGCAUCGUGUUAUACACCUUAGUAAUUGCAAACAUAUAGAUAUAUUUCAGAGAGAUGUUUUACAUUUGUAAAUAGUUUAAAGAGAAGGCUUCAGAUUUAGUAUAUCAUGCGAUUAGGCGG